GGCUUCAUUUUCAUUGAAUGAAUGGAAACAGAGACACGGCGUCCAUCUUUUUUUACAGUCUCUGCUCUCCCGGCUCCGGCUGCAGAAACAGGAAGUUGUGAAAAAAAUAAGCAGCAGAGCACGGAUCAAAACAAGGAAGUGGAGGGAGCCGAGCUCAGCUGGAAAGAGAAAGCAGAUCAGGCCACAGCAAUGCUAAGGAAGGAAGCUAGCUGCUGGAGUGUUAGCCUGCUGCUCAGUCACAAUAACUCUUUGAGAGAGGGGAGACCUGCGACUGUAUUUCAGACACACUGCGAACACACUGAGGAUUAGAGCACACGGACAAGCAGCAGCAGAGGGGAGAAAACACUGUGAGUGCUCCCCUGGGAUCCUCUCUCUCCUGGUCUACCUGCACCAUGAAUUCUCCAGAAGCAUGCUGGGAUGUUGACGACUUGCCUCAGAUGGACGGCACCUGCGAUGCCUGUGAGCCUGAUGAGGCUUUGCCGGCCACGCAGUUGUGUGCGCUCUGCCGCUUUGCCUUCUGCUCCGACCAUGCAGAAAAACACACACUCAGCACCAGGCACCAGCUUCAGCCUUACUCCUCCACAGACCAGCCUCCAGAACCAGCCCAGCGAGUCAACGGCUGCGGCCAGGCAGAGGUGGCCGAAAAUGGGCUGGAGGUGGCCGAGGCCGCUGGGGGAGAAGGCCGUGAGCCAGAGGAGGAGGACCAGCAGAGUGCAGCCGAGACAGGAAAGAGGGACACAGUGACCGUAGAGAGACUAAGGUGUCAAGAGCAUGGACAGGAGGGGUCGCUUUACUGUAAACAAGACCAGAAGAUUGUGUGUGUGGUGUGUGCCGUGCAGGGAGAGCAUCGAGAACAUGAGAUCAUCACGCUCAGAGAGGCCUACAUGUGGCAGAAGAGUAAAGAGGGCAUAGACCUGCUUGCAUGCACUCAAGAAAUGUCAGAAAAGAUCCAAACCAAGUGGACGAGUCCAGAUAUGAGCCCGGAUGAGCUGGAGCGCUAUGUAAACCAGCAGUUUGACGAGCUACACAGACUGGUUCGACUCGAGGAGUGGCGUGUGCUGCACCUGGUGGACCUGAAGGAGGCCUUCCUGACAGCGCAGGCAGCAGAGAAGAUCGCAGAGAUCAGCGUUCACACGGAGCGUCUGCAGGAGGAGAUGGACUCCAUCACACAGCAGCUGGGGGAACUGGAUCAGGCUGAGCGCAAUGGUGUCGCCCCGGCUGCACUGGCUCCUCUGCUGGCUGCCCAACCACAGCCGCCCCGCGCACCACCAGAACCCAGAGCAAGGAUGGACCCUGAGGCCAGGCCAAGGCAUGAUCACCGGCGAGGCCCAGAGGACCAUCGCGACUAUGGAGAUGACGGAGACUCAUUCAUGGGACAUGCACCAUAAUAUCAGCAAAAUGCCCACAAAUCUCCACAUAUCUCUGCUCUCCUACUUUCUUAUCAGGGACAGAACACUGGAGUGGACUGCUUCGGGGUAUCAGAACUGCAUUGUAACCACCAGUUUGAUAUCCCGGAUUUGUUGCCUUUUUUCUAUUCAAUCUAAACUGACUGACUUUUCCUGAUGAAGAUAAUGGAAUGAAUGAGCUUGCUUACAAUCAGGAGCCAGCUUUUCUCCCAGCCUUCAAUUGUGCGUGAAAUCAGAUGAGGGGCUGGAUUAUUUCCUGCAUAAUUAAACACAGAAUGAAAAUUGCCUUCGUCGGUUCAUGUUGCCUUGAUUAUAGUGCAGGAGUUAUGAGGAAUAUGAGUGAAGCAUAACUAAAGUAAGAAAUUGCAAAUCAACAUUUUGCACAAUGGCUUAUUUAAAAAGAAAAAAAAACAUAUCAAAGACUGUGGCUGUUGAAUAAGAAUGGAACUGUAGUGUAGUGAUUGUAAAUGUGCAGAUUUUGCACUGCAGAUAAUGCACACUGCCCUGAAGACCAACAUCAAGUCCAGCUUGUUUUGUUAGACAUUAUGUUUCAUUUUCUUCCUCAUUAUGUUUUAUUGUCUUCACUUUGUGUUUUACAGAGUCUCAAGCGUCUACAUAACAAGCAGAUCUAUCUUCUCUUUUGUCUUAACCUGGAAAAUAAUGUUUCAUAUAUGCAUGCAGUUUAAACGUUCAGGUCAGACCAGCUUCAAAUGAUGGAAGUAGCUGAUUACAGAGCAACUUUUUUAGGUUAACUCAACUUUGUUAAGUCAUUAAUAAUAGUGCAUCUAAAAAAAUAGAAUAAUAUUUGAAAAGUUACUUUAUUUCAGUAAUUUAGUUCUAGGAGAACACUGCACUGAUUUUGGACUUGAUAGAACACAGUGGACUAACAGCAGCAGAUAACCUGGCUUACAGCACUUCAUGCUCACCUCUGCUGUCAACUUUUAUUGAGAUGCAGAUUUCAUUUUCCAGCAUAUAAUAUAAUAUUCAAAUUUUCAGAUUUUCUGGGACACUGACUUUUGGGUUUUUAUUGGCUGUAAGACAUAAUCAUAAACAAUAAAUAAAUAAAUGCUUAAAAUA